AUGGCAGGCAAAAUCAAGAGCAGUAGCUAUGGUAAACACAUAUUAUAUAGUGACUCUGAAGAUGAUUAUGAGGCUCAGGAUACGGAAACAGAAUUGAAUCUACCUUUGGAGAAGUUGAAUCUUGGACCUAGAAAGAAGUUGCUUGUUUUGAACAUUAAUGGGUUGCUGUUGUCCAGAUUUCAUCGUCGCGAAAAAGAAAGAAUUCCCAAGUUUCGUGCAGCUGACCAUUACUAUAGAAGCUAUCUUGUAUUUAAGAGGCCCUUCAGUGAAGAAUUUAUGAAAUUCUGCUUAGAAAGAUUUGAAGUGGGUAUUUGGUCUUCCGCAAUAGGGCAUAAUAUUGAUAUUACCUUGGAUUAUGCCAUUGGAGCUUUGAAAAAGAAGAUGCUAUUUGUUUGGGAUCAACGUCGAUGUACAGAUACCGGCUUUAAAUCCUUAGAGAAAAGUAAUAAGCCUCUUUUUUUCAAGGAGCUUAAAAAAGUAUUCGAUAAUGGCACGAAAGGAGGCCCGUAUUCUGCUUCAAACACUCUGUUGAUUGAUGAUAAACCAUACAAGGCCUUUCUCAAUCCGCCUAAUACAGCAAUUUUUCCCAAGUCAUAUGAUCCGGAUGAGAAUGCUGACAGAGUAUUGGAUCCAAAGGGUGCACUGUGUUUGUACCUCAAAGGGGUUGCUGAAAGCCAUGAUAUUCAGUCUUAUGUGAAGAAUAAUCCCUUUGGACAACCCGAAAUCAGCACAGAUCAUCCCGAUUGGAAAUUUUAUUCCCUUGUGAAAGCGACUGUGGGAACUGCAAGGGCUUUAAUUUUACCAAGUUCGAAAUGA